AUGGCACCGUGUUAUACUUUGAUUGCAUCUAAUACGGCAGGCUGCCUCUUGGAUAGACGGAGCGUUCAGCUUUCCGGCGAUCGGAAUCCUAUUUUCUUCUCGGAAUCGCACCGUCCAUUGAUUCCAAUUCUUUCAACGAUACAUUCGCUGGCUAAGUCGCUACAGGCAGAAACUGAAUCCAUCGAGUUUGCUUUCACAACUACGAUUACUGUUACUGCAACUGCAACUAUAGCAGGGUCGGCCAACACACGCUUCUCAAGUUAUCUGUCAUCAAGUUCUAAACCGUUGAUCUUGACGCCGUCAAGCUCUAGGCCAUCGCAUUCGCUACCAUCGAGAUUUGCAUUAUCAACUUCUACGCCAACAGUUUCUACAACAGUAGCGGUACCCAGUCGCGCAGAAGCCACCCAAUCUACGGUAGUGGAGUGUUCUCGCUCAAACGGUGUGCCACUCCCGGUUCUCGUUCUGUUGAUCAUUCUUGCUGCAGUCGCCGCGAUACUAUCUCUAGUGAUUUGUUGGAUACGGAGGAGUCGAAAGUUCUGCAGGCAUUGCAAGGCAGUUGCUCUUAAUCCCUCUGUUGGGAAACAAACACCGUCUGCGAAUGGUGUUCAAAUACAAGCCUCGCAAAUUGACAAUCGACCAAGUGUAUCGAGAACGAAUAGAGGCGAGGCUGUAUCCGUAUCUAGUUUAAAUUCCCAGCUCACCCGCGAUACCAAGUCAGGAACUUCUCAGCAGCUUCCAGCUGGUGAUUCUAUCCCCUCGUCGUUUUAUCCUCAUAACCUAAGCGCCAGGGUUGCCACUAUAGAACCAAGAAUUCUACAGCUACACUGGGAGAGCUCAAGGGCAAAUCCAGACACUUUGAAUCCCAGCACUUCAGUCAAUGGUAGUGAGGAACGGCGGGACCGUGCCUCGUCUAUCGCAUCAAUCAUCGACGAAUACGCCCAGAUACCCGAUGAAAAUGAGUAUUCCGGUAGCCACCAGGCAAAUAAGGAUGUUAGAAACUAUAUGAAUUCAAAUCUAAGACAUAAUGGGAGCUCUUCCGCACACUUACAAAUGGCAGACUUUCAGCCCGAAAAGCGGGACAACAGCCCGGUUAUAGGGACGAGGUCCAUUUUACCUGAUCCAGCGUGUAAAUACUUCCAAAGUAAUGGGAAGCAAGAUUACUCGGCUGCAGGCCCCAUAGCACCAUAUGAUAGACGCAAGAAGAAACAAGAUACACAACCUUCGCCGUCGGAAACUGGGCAAUUUGGAUCUACCCCCAGGAGCGAGUCUUCAUUUAGUGCUCCAAAGGAAGACUCUAGGGUCCAGACUCCCAGAUACGAAAAACAAGACAACCAUAGCGACGUGAAUUCAACUCCAGUGGAAUCUCUACGCGCCACUCGGCCCAGCUCUUUGCCAUCGAUGAUCUCCCCUCAGAUGUCCAGAUCCACAAAGGCUAAUAAUGGUUCUUCCCUCCCAGCUGAUCGCGCUGGGCUAAUUAGGAGUAGCUGUGCUCCUUCCAAUACAACGCAGGAUUCAGACGCAAAUAUUAGCAGAAUGCUACGUCAAUGGGCUUUUAUUGAUCAGCAAAAUUUUGGGUUGAAAGAUCACUGUCCUGGACGAUCUUCCCCAACUUGGGAUGUAUAUGAUAGCCAUUCAAAAGCAAAACUGAAGUCCCAUGUGCUGGGCGUCAGAACAUCAAUUUCUACACGUUUGCCAGGGAUCUUAUCAAAAUUGUCCUUCUCAGGGAAUAGGGGGGCAAGAAAGAGUAAGGAUGCUCAAUUUCAGGCUGCAGAUUAUCCUGACCAUGAAUCUCCCUCCAAUCCCUAUUCCGUCACAUUUUCUGUAGAGAACGGGAACCCUGGAAAGAAUCGGAUUGGUGAGGCUCUUAGGUAUAAUUCUCAUAAUCCGGGCUUCAGGGGGCCUUAUUUACUGCAGCGAACAUACAGUGAAAGUGUCUAUUCGCGACCAACAACACUGGAAUGGGUCCCGGAGGUCCACAAGUUUAUGGAAAUUCAGAAGCAGGGACCUAGUAAACACUUACCUGCGACCUCGUUCCCCAAUGGAGGCGGUGGUGGUAGUGAUAAUGACAAACCUGCGAGCUAUGAAUUUAACACAGAUCGCGAGCGGAAAGCAACGGAGCAUAUCGCCAAGCGGCAACACAGUGUGCUGUCCCCAGGCAAGAGAAGUGGGAUUCGUGAUCCCCCUCUUGAUUACAAUGCGUAUGAUUCUGGGAAUCAUCAGAGCCCGAGACGAGAUCCAGUCAUUUGCCGAUUUGCGGACACGCACGGGGGAAUUAAGGAAAAAGAGCCCUUGAAUGAUGUUUCAACUGUAGCCCAUGUUUUAGAAGGCAAUAUGUGUUUUAACCUAGGACCAUGUUCUAUAGUCUCAAUGCGAAUACAGAUUGCCGUUUCUCACCAUUUCUUCAAUACAUGCACACAGUUCCAACGGCUCCUCCGUACGCCGGACCCGGAGGUUCUCAUGGCUAUAAAAAGCAUAAGUGACAGCUGUCCAGUGGAUCGAGUGGCUCUCGACAGCGAGGGCUCCACUGGAAGUUCUGGUAAUGUGAUUGGUGAAAAUAAGGUUUAG